CCUAUUUUUCGUGACCCUCUUCUUCGCUUUCGUCGAAAUGUUUACACAGCCUCUUCCGGUGGCGCGUGCACGCGUGUUGUCUCCCGCUGAGAUCGAGAGACCAAAUGCAGAUCCCAGCGGCUUGGAAGCUUCUCUGCUUCAACUUAUCCAGGACCACCACCAAACUUCUCUCAAACUCCGCGAUGAAACCGAGAAAGCAAAGAAAGAUGCAAUUAGAACAGCGAUGAGGGUUUCGGAUCUUUUGGUGGAUACUGUGAAUGGUGGAGUUCAAGAAGCGUUUAUUAACGAGAAGCGAAUUGAACUCGAAAGCCGAGCAUUAACUGCCACCGUCAUCCGCUUUGCCAAGCAGACCCAUCAAUGGCUGGCUGCUUCUCAUGCCAUCAACACUGCUAUAAAGGAAAUUGGAGAUUUUGAGAACUGGAUGAAGACCAUGGAUUUCGACUGUAGAAGUAUCAAUGCUGCAAUUCGCAACAUUCACCAACCAUGAUCUUGAUGGGUGAUUUCUUAGAUCAAUUUUCGUGUAAUUAUUUGGAAUUUGGGAGUUUAAUUUUUGUUUAUCUCUGUAUAUGGGUUCAAUUUCUUAUCUUGAACGGGAAAAUCCUGUGUCUCAGAACAUGACAUACCUUAGUAUUUAUGAAUGGAAAGUUUUAUGCUGCCUCUUUAUUUCUC